UGUUUGUGUGCGAUCGUGUUCGUCCACCUUUCUGGCACAACAAAGAUUCUUACCAUCUUGCCGUAAAGACACCCUUCUCUCUUUACCAGUCUUUAUCUAUUCCGCAAAAACCAUGUCCGAUAAGUUUGAUUCCGACGCCACAACGCUAAAUCGUUUCGUCAUGUCGUACACGCGUGAUCACGAUUUAGUCAUUCUACUCAACGCGAUUGCGACCUCCUGUAAGCUCAUUACUUCGGCGGUGCAACGCGCCGGAGUCGCCAAGCUCUAUGGUCUUGCCGGUGAAGUCAACUCAACCGGCGACGAUCAAAAGAAACUUGACGUGCUAUCGAACGACAUGAUGAUUAACGCUCUCGUCAACUCCGGUGUCUGCUGCGUCCUUGUUUCCGAAGAAAACGAGGAGCCCAUCAUUGUACCUCCCGGCAAGGCUGGAAAGUACUGCGUUGCCUUUGAUCCUCUCGACGGAUCUAGCAACAUUGACUGCAACGUAUCCGUAGGUACCAUCUUCAGCGUCUAUGAACGCAAACCCGGUAGUAACGGUAGUGCCGAAGAUUUGCUCCGGUCCGGAGCCGACUGUAUUUGCGCCGGGUACGUUGUCUACAGUUCUGCCGUGGAAAUGGUUUUCACCUUUCGAGGAUCGGACGUGCACGGGUUUUGCCUGGAUUCCACCAUUGGCGAGUUUGUGCACACUCGGGAGAAGAUGGUGUUCCCGGCCGAGGGUGGCAAGCGUAUCUACAGCUGCAACGAAGGAAACGCGAACAAUUGGGACCAGCCAAUCAAGGAUGCGUGUGAUCACUUUCGGGAUUCGGAACAGCCCUACACAGCACGCUAUGUGGGCAGUAUGGUGGCAGACAUUCACCGAACCAUUCUGUACGGAGGCAUUUACAUGUAUCCAGCGGACGCAAAGUCGCCGAAGGGGAAACUUCGUCUCUUGUACGAAGGUAUUCCCAUGGCUAUGAUCAUCGAACAGGCUGGAGGUGUUGCUUCGACUGGAUUCUUCAACGGGAAGAUUCAGCGUGUCCUUGACCUUGUCCCCGACGAGAUUCACGCCAAGUGCCCCAUCAUUAUGGGAGGCAAGCGUGACGUUCAGGUUGUUUUCGAUCAGUACAAGAAGGCUGGCAUUGAUGGCCCGACCCUAUAA